GUUCCAUGCUUUCUAGUAUUCAAAAAUGAACAACAACUUCGCUAAAAUGAAGCGUUGGAAGACUGUGAAGGUGGUCUCGGAGGGAUAUCUUCCUUCUCACCAAUACCACCUUCCUACACCCAAGGUAUGCUAUGGUCUCCCGCGUCAGUUCUCGUGAACGACCAAGGCCUUUAGUAUCAGAAUCAAUUAUUGAUGCUCCCAGUCAGCGAUUCUACGCCAUUGGCGUACUCAUAGCGCUUCAAGCAUACAAAAUCUACGAUCUUUUCAAGUUAGCAACUAGUAGUUAUUUAGAUGGUUCUAAGACAAGUUUCUUAGUAAAAUGGAUAUUGAUAGAUGCAUUAUAUUUGCAAAUUUUACCUCGUUUUCGUAUACCCUGGCUUUCGUUUCAGCCAACUACUACGAUAUUGCAGAUUGUUGCUUUUGCUACACUUAACCUGUUGCUAAUUUCCAUAUCAAGCUUACGAGUAGUGACUCUUGGAAGCCUUGUUUUUCCAUAUUGGAGAGAAAAAGAAUACGCAAUCGCAGAGCAUAAAAUUAAUCCUAGAUCUGUGCUUCACAACUCUUCAAGGAUUUUGGGCCAAUAUACUGUUCAGAUCCUUCCAGAGGGAACUGCAAAGUUAAACCCUAAUAAUCAACACUUUUGUUUGCCUGAAAAUGACAAAAACAAGUUUGUGGAAUUCGCUAUUCAAUUUAAUUCGACCACCCCCAAAUCUAUCGUGUACUCCCAUAGAGACUUCUCCUCUGAUAUAGAAAGCGAAGUCGAACUUUCUGGUCGUGCAUUGAAAAGGCUUGUCUCGACGGAGAAUCCUAAAGACCCACGUUUACAGACUAUUUAUAUCAAAGCAAACAAACACGGUUUGUAUAAACUUAAAAAAGUGAUCGACAAAUCCAAUUUGUCUGUUCGGGUUGUACGCUCUGAAGCCGUGGUAGUUAGUUGCCCUUCGGCAGCUUUUACUUCAUCUAAAUUAAAUGAGCAUGCUCAUGAAAAAUGUGUCGGUGACGAAAAUUCGAUCGGGUUAGAUGUAAUCGGUGUACCGCCCUUAAAACUUUCCUACAAAACAUGGGAUGGAAAACAAUUUAACACCUACUCUAUUGAUUCGGUUGUUCCAAAAGAUUACCGUUUACAUCCUCUAAUGCUCUCAAGCAACCCUAAAGACAUUGCUUUCUAUAAAGGUUUGGAUGUGGAAUAUGCGAAGUCAUCUGAAGUUCAAAUUCCUAUUAGUGCCCCGUUAGACACUUAUGGGGAGUGGCUAUAUGCAAUUGAAAAUGUCACUGAUGUUUUUGGAAAUACUUACUUCUUUCCUUCUGUUGAGGAUUCUUUUGCAAAGUAUUCCAUUAAUGAACAUCAAUCUGUCCAAAUACCUAGUCACACUUACAAGGUUCAAGUCCAUCAGAGACCUGAAGUUAAAUUCCGCGAAUGUUCACUUGAAAAUCCAGCCAAUCUCUUUCCAGGAAAAGAUGUUUCUUUGUCAAUCGCUACUUCUUAUAACUUAGCAGAUGACUUGCAGAUUUCACUCAGCCGAUAUGAUUUAGGUCUAGAUCCACAAAAUUUGACAGUCGCUCCCAGUUCUCAAGAUACUUAUAAGUUAGAAACUCAUUCGUCUUCUGUAAAAGUCAAAGAAACUGGCAUAUAUGUGCUUUCUGGAAUUUCUUCGAAAUACUGCUCUGGAGAUGUUUUAGUGCCAAAUACCUGUCUGGUUGUGACACCACCAGAAACCAAGCUACAUGUCGGUUUUGAAGAAAUUUCGGAUCAGUGCGCCGGUUCAAUAGGUGCACGUGCCGAUCUUGAGUUUGAAGGAACGCCUCCGUUUAAGGUUGCUUAUAGGAUGAUUAAAGACAGCAAAGCUUCUCGUGUGCAGUAUAUCACUACUGAUCGUACUCGUUAUCAACUGAACUUUACUCCAAAAAAGUCAGGAAAAUACAAAUAUGUUAUUUUAGGAGUUGAAGAUGCAAACUAUGGGUAUAAAGAACUUACUGGUUCAGCUUACAAUAAAGAACAAACUGUUUUUCCUUUGGCUGAUGCUACAUUUGAAGAAAAUACAAAUGGAGAAAUGAGCUCAAUUGUUAAGAGCUGCUGUAUUGGUGAUACUAUGAAGAUUCCUGUCUCCUUAGUUGGGACUUCUCCUUGGAAGCUUGAGUAUGAAAUCCUUAGAAAUAACAAACGUGAAAGCAUUCAAGUUGUUGAGUCUAAGAAUCAACGAUAUAUGAUAGAGACUCCACAACUUAUACAUGGCUCCCAGUAUACAAUUACGCUUGUAAGCGUUGAAGAUGCAAAUGGUUGUAAGAGGGCUUUGAAUACUGCAGAUACGAUAAUUAAAGUACGUCGCCAAAGACCUACUGCCACUUUUUAUUCCUCUGAUGGAAAUUAUCGUUUAGAGUCUGUGCAAGAUUCCAUGCUGUCAAUUCCUUUACGACUUGCCGGCGAACAGCCCUGGUAUAUUGAAUAUGACCAUGUGUCACCUGAUGGUCAACCUACCCGACGUCAAGCAAUUUUCAGUGACCCCAAUAGCCACCUUAACGUUAAUAAAGCAGGAACUUACUCGCUAAUUUCUGUAAGGGAUAGUUCUUGCCCAGGUACUAUUCAAAAUCCUUUACAAUCGUAUGAAGUUGGGUGGCUUCCUAAGCCUUCUUUGUCUAUGCCAUUGAAGCCUUCCCGGAAGACUUCACAUGUCUAUGACUACGAACUGGAACCUGUUUGUGCUGGUGAAGGUAGUGCAUUCGACAUUGAGCUUAGUGGAGCUAGUCCUUAUCUACUUGAAUACGAAAAAUCUCUAGUGGAUGAAAAUGGCAAACGCCAAUCUGCUCAACGAUCAGAAGUAUCUACUAUGCAAAAUGGCAUUCUAUUAAAGACGGACACAUCACACUUUGGUACGUAUACAUAUGAAUUCCUUCGACUAUCGGACGCAUUGUACGACAAGGUGGAGGCACGUACGGUCGAUGAAUCAGGUUUACACAAAUUGAUAAUUCACCAAAAGGUGAAUAAAUUACCCCUAGCUUCGUUUGUUGAGUCUAAUAAGCUUUAUACGUUCUGUAUACAUUCAGACAGCAACUAUCUAGAUGAACAACAGAUUGGUGUUAGGCUGAAUGGAAAGGGGCCAUUUGCUAUGGAUUUUGAAAUUAAAAAUGAAAUGACGGGAGCUGUGAAUAAAAUUACAGUGAAUGAAGUAUAUGGACCGGUUUACAAGUUUAUAUUUCCCAAAGAUCAAUUAACACUUGGAAAACAUACAGUGCGCUUACUUCAUGUACGUGAUGCUAAUGGAUGUCAAUCAAGCAUUCCUAAGGAAGAUCCUACUGUAACGGUUAGUGUUGCAGAAAAAGCUUCUAUGGUCCCCAUAGAAUCUCAUGACUACUUUUGUGUGGGUGAUCGCCUUUCUUACGCUUUGCAAGGAGUACCGCCAUUUGAGAUUAAUUAUGAGUUCAAUGGCAACAAAAAACACGCAAAGAGUAACCAGCACAUUUUUACAAGAAUAGCCGAGUUCCCUGGUUUGGUUACCAUGAAGUCGAUAUCGGAUCAUGGUAGUCCUUGCCGUGCAGAACUUGAUCCCCCAAUUCAAAAUCGAGUAUACGAUAUUCCUACAGUAAGGGUCAGUGACGGUGGAGAGAUAAUUGAAAACAUUCAUGAAGGCGAUCAGGCCGAAAUUUCGUUCCACUUCACAGGUACACCUCCCUUUUCUUUUACAUAUUGUCGAAAAGCCAUAGGAAGGAAAGGACCUGGCAAAAUUUUGGAAAUGCACACAAUCACUGGAAUUUAUGAUUACGAAUAUAAGGUAUUAAGUUCAACGGAAGGUGUCUAUACAGUGUUAAGCGUCCAAGACAAGUACUGUCGCUAUCCUCGUGAUUCAUCUCCCUUGAGUACAUAAAUAAAAGCAAAGUUGUCUUUUAAAAGAAACUUUGAUUUGGGAAAUGGUAGUAUACUAUGAUAUAGACAUGAAAUAAAAAAAUUGAAUUUGUUAUUUCUCAUGUGUUUUCUGUUUUCAGCAAAAUAAUUGUUGUCUGAUUCUGAUUCUGAUUUUUCACAAGCAACCUACAUGAUUUAAUAUAAGCU